AUGGCGGAAAGUUAUGGUAAUAAAAGAAACCGAAAGUAUGUCAUUACCAACCGACAUCAUUUUGAAGUUGAGGUUUUUAAUACGGUUUUGGAUAUGCAACUUCAAGAACUUGGAAGCCGAUUUAGUGAGGUCUCAACUAGUUUGAUAGAAAGUAUGUCGGAUUUAAAUCCUUGUAAUUCGUUUGCUAAAUUUGACAUAUCAAAGAUAGUGAAGUUUUCUGAAAUGUAUCCGAAUGACUUUAAUAAAGAAGAAAGAGGGGUUCUUACAGGUGAUCUUUCGACAUUUUAUCACACUUUAAAGGAAGAUGAUAAAUUUGCAAAUUUAACUGGAUUGAGUGACCUUGCUCGUGUAAUGGUGGAAACCGGAAAAAAUGAAACUUUUCCUUUGGUUCAUCGAACAUUGAAGCUAGUACUGGUUUUACCGGUUGCAACCGCAACCGUUGAAAGAUGUUUUUUCUAA